ACCUGGGGCACUUCCCGAAGGAAACGAGGAGGCGAAAAUUGAAACCGGAUGCCUUCGAAGGAAAGAAUAAAUAGCGACUGCUCCGUCCCAACAACAUAUGUCCACAGUCGUUUGCAAACGAAGCGGUAGACUUGCAAAUUUUGGUGGAGACGCUUGACAGACAGUGACGAUGGGUAGCAAUCAAGGUGUGAGCAUUCUGUGUCUCGUCCUCCUUCUACACUGCACCUGCUUCUUGAAAGGGGCUGAUGUAAAUCCAUGCAGCUUGCCCAAGGUGAUCGGCCCUUGCAGAGCAGCUAUUCCGCGCUUCUUCUUUAAUCAUACUGAUGGUACCUGCCAACAAUUUGACUACGGUGGUUGUAACGGCAAUGCCAACAACUUUCCAAACAUAGACGAAUGCGAGAAAAUUUGCCUUACUGGCAUUACUCCUGUCAUACCUAGUCCAUCAUCUGAGGUCGACACCUGUACUCUACCUGCGCAGUCAGGCCUGUGUCUAGGGUACUUCCCAUCUUUUUUUUCAACGCCCGGACAGGAGCGUGUGGAAUUCAUUUACGGAGGAUGCGGGGGGAAUGAAAACCGAUUUGAUACGAAAAAGGAAUGUGAGAGCAAAUGUAGGGCUUCACCACGAUCUACCCCACCAACAACUGGUUCCCUAGUUGGGGAUGUUUGUAGCCUGCCCAAAGCUCCGGGUGUGUGUUUUGCCUACUUUCCUUCCUUCUUUUACAACUCCGCCACAGGAGAGUGCGAAAGCUUUGUGUACGGCGGCUGCCAGGGCAACGGCAACAGAUUCGACACUGUAGCCGCGUGCGAACAAACAUGCAAAGGAACCAAGACGACACCAAAAGCCACAUCAGCAAACUCCCCGGCCACGCCCAGAAAAACCAACCGCUGCUUGCUGCCGGCGGCCCCAGGGCCUUGCAAGGCGAGCUUCCCCAAGUUUUACUACAACGCCCAAACCGGGCAGUGCACAAAGUUCACUUACGGCGGUUGUCGGGGCAACGCAAACCGAUUUAACAGCGCACAGGCGUGUCGGAGGGCUUGUGUACAGGAGUAGCAAGUGGAGCAAAUAUACUUUUAACAGUUGUAGUUGUUACAUGACUCUGUCAAGAAAUGCAUAUUGAAUUCUGAUUAGUUAUUAUUUUUUAUAUUAGUAUUACGAAACCUUCGAAGAAAAGGUUUGCGAAGACAUCAGCACAGAACUGUUUAGCAUGUUUUAAGUAAGUAGCUUUUCUAUCAUUUACUGUCAAAAUUAAAAUAGUUUUCACUACAAAAUAUUGACGUUUGAAUUUAUUUUCCUUGCCUUCUCUCGGAUUUCGUUUUAACACCACAAGGAAGCACUUGAACUGAUUUUUGUCUUGUUAGUGACCUUAAUAACAUUUUUAAGUAAUCUCUUAGGAAGAUCUGGGAUACUAUGUCAUCCAUUCGUGUCAGAAUGUAAAACAUAAGUGCGCAUGAGAUGAUUGACAUGACGUCGAUUCAGCACUAUUGUACCAUCAUCUUCUUUUAUGCUUUAUGGCUUAGUGAGUUAAGUGUCGUUAGAUAAUACAUAUGCACACGCACAUGUUGCAAUUUUGGAUUGAAUAAAAAGUGUUUUUAUCA